CUGCUAUCAAGCGUGACAGCACGGACUUUAACAGCUCUUGAGUAGAGCAUGGUUGUAGUGUAAAGAAGUUUCUUACUGUGGAACUAUGGCUCAGGUAUUGAAGCCAAAUUGCUCCCUUGCGGGAAAAAGUUUAAUCCCGAUCAUUUUGAGGGUAAAAAACGCAGAUGCAGAAGCGGUUUUAGAGCUGUCAAGACUGAAAAAAGAUGAACCAUUAGAGAGUUUGACAAAAGUCGAAUUAAUUGCUCAGUUUGAGAAGCUUACGGGUGAAUCCGUUAAAGAUGUAUUAAUUCUGCUGUGUGGGAAAGAUGAUAACAUUGAGAAUGUGCGUCUCUUAGUGCAUGAAAGCAUAUUGUUAGCGAAUUCUGUUGGUGGUAGAGGUCAGAGGUUAGGUACUAGUAAUCCGAGUACAGAUACACCAGCGGCGAAAGGAAGUGAUGGCAAAGCGGCUCAGGGAGACCCAUCCACAACAAACCAGCAGCUGCAAGCAAUGAGACAAGACCUGGAUGAGUUGAAGAAAAAUUCAAAGGUUUUACAGGUAGAUGAAGCACUAUCUUACGUUAGAACUUUGGCAGCAAGACCAAAACUUACAACACCGGGAGUAUUACUUGCGGCCAUCGAAAUGUUGGUUGAUGCAGCUAACAAAGCGAAUCAUAAGGACUGUUCUUUAUUUUCAAAAUCUUUUUCAAUGUGUAAAAAAUACGAAGAUAAUGUUGAUUUUUGUGGGCUCGUCUUAAAGUUAUUUGGUUCCCAGGAGGACAAGAAGAUUUCCUCCUUAAUUUCAGACUGGGCAAAAUCUAAAAAAUACGAGGAACCAUCAGGGUCAAAGGAGAGGCAGGAUAUAUUAGAUGCUCCACCUACUUCAGCUCCUGCUUUUCCUUUUCCUGGAUAUGGAUAUCAGAAUCCAGGUUUUGGUUUCCCGUAUCCUAAUUUUUAUCCAGGGCCAAACUAUAAUUCAGGUGGUUUUAGGCCUCCAAGAAUGCAAGGAGGUAGAGGCAGGAGAGUGUCAAACGGUGUAUGUUAUUUUUGCAAGGAGUCGGGACAUUUUAUUGCAAAUUGUCCAAAGAUGAAAAAAGACAAUUAAUUAUGUAUUUUGUAUAUUUUUUAAUUUUAAUCUUUUAGAUGCCUUUCCCUUUCCCAGGAGCUUCGAUCUCCAGUGAAAAAUUUUUCACGCGGGCAAGGGUUGAGUGUCUCUCUCCUUUAUUUUAUUUUUAUA